AUGGCGACUCUCCAAGCCAUUAAAUAUUCGCGGGGCAAGUUGUUAGUGCUUGACCAGCUGCGACUCCCCCACGAACACCACUACGAUGAGGUGUCGACUGCCGAGCAAGCUUUUGACUGCAUCAGGUCGAUGAGGGUUAGAGGCGCACCCGCCAUCGCCAUUGUUGCUGCUCUUGCUCAUGCGGUUGAGUUACACAACGGGGACUGCACCGCGACAACACCAGAAGACACCAUCGCUUACAUCGAGUCCCGCCUCGACUACCUCAAGGACAGCCGCCCAACCGCCGUCGACCUCUCCAAUGCCAUCGCCCUCCUCAAGCAAGCCGCGCGCGCCGCCACGGUGGAGGGUCUCGCCCACCCCGAAGCCAAGGAAGCCAUCCUGAACGCAUACAUCGCCGCCGCCGAGACCAUCCUCGCCAAAGACCUCGAUAACAACACCUCCAUCGGCACCCACGGCGCGGCCUGGCUCCAACAGCAAUACCACGCGACGCCCUCCCGCCCGCUCUCCGUCCUCACCCACUGCAACACCGGCUCGCUGGCCACGUCCGGCCACGGCACCGCGCUCGGCAUCAUCCGCAGCCUGCACCAGCAGCAGCUCCUCAAGCACGCCUACUGCACCGAGACCCGCCCCUACAACCAAGGCAGCCGGCUGACCGCGUUCGAGCUCGUCUUCGAGGGCAUCCCCGCCACGCUGGUGACCGACAGCAUGGCGGCGGCGCUGUUUGCGCUUCACCGCGAGCGCAUGAACAUCGGCGCCGUGGUGGUGGGCGCCGACCGCGUGGUGCGCAACGGCGACACGGCCAACAAGAUCGGCACGUAUGCGCUGGCGGUGCUGGCGCGCCACCAUGGGGUCAAGUUUGUGGUGGCGGCGCCGACGACGAGUAUUGAUUUGGAGACGGAGAGCGGGGCGGGGAUCGAGAUCGAGGAGCGCAAGCCGGAGGAGCUGACGCAGGUUACGGGCGCGGUGGUUAAUGCGGAUGGGAGCGUGGAUGCGAGUCGGACAGCGAGGGUCGCGAUUGCGGACCAGAGGAUUGGCGUGUGGAAUCCGGCGUUUGAUGUCACGCCGCAUGACCUGAUUGAUGCCAUUGUUACGGAGAGGGGGGCGGUGGUGAAGGGGGCGGACGGCCGGUUUGACUUUAGCCAGGUGCUGCCGGAGAGGUGGCGGUGGUAG